AGCAAUGGCCUCCCCGAAAAUCUCACAUUCGUCUCCAAUCUUUCUGUCUUCAGGAAUUCAGAAAUUCACCUUUGUCCGUAGAACACCGCGCGCUCAUCGGAAUUUUACGCGUUUAAUGAUAUGGAAGACGAUAUUAUCUACCCUUUGGACUCCGAUCUUGAUCUGAGCUUCACCAGCUCAUCCGCGGCCUCUGUUUCCACCACCGACCGGAGCACUCUCAGCGCCCGGAGCAGCCUCGCCAGAAGCAGCUUGGCUCUCAGCUUCAACGACCGUCUCUCCGCCGCCGCAAACCCAUCCUCCACUUCGAUUCCAAACUUCUACACACGCCCUCACAAGAAGCAGGGCCCGAACUGGUCUGCCAUCAAGGCCGCCACCACCCUCUCCUCCGACGGCUCCCUCCAUCUUCGCCACCUCAAGCUCCUCCGCCUCGUUGGAUCCGGGAACCUCGGCCGCGUGUUCCUCUGCCGCCUCAGGGACUCCGACCACUCCGAUUUCGCUCUCAAGGUCGUCGACCGGGAGAGUCUCACCGCCAAGAAGAUGUCCCACGUUCAGACGGAGGCGGAGAUUCUCUCCGUGCUCGACCACCCUUUCCUCCCUACGCUCUACGCUCAUCUCGAAGUCUCCCACUACACUUGCCUCCUAAUUGACUUCUGCUCCAACGGCGACCUCCACUCCCUCCUCCGUAAACAACCGCGGAGCCGCCUCCCGGUAGACGCCGUUCGAUUCUACGCCGCCGAGGUGCUGGUGGCGCUGGAAUACCUCCACUCGCUGGGGAUCGUCUACAGAGACCUCAAGCCGGAAAACAUUCUCAUCCGGGAAGACGGCCACAUUAUGCUCUCCGACUUCGACCUCUGUUUCAGAUCCGAUGUCGCGCCCCGGGUCGAUAUUCAAAACCGGGUUCGGGUCGGGUCAAACAACGGGUGCGGGCUUGUCGCGAACAGGGGACGGGAGGAAACGGUGGCGGAGUUCGUGGCAGAGCCGACGGCGGCGUUUUCGCGGUCAUGCGUCGGGACCCACGAGUACUUAGCGCCGGAGUUGGUCAACGGGACCGGCCACGGCAACGGCGUUGACUGGUGGGCGUUCGGGGUGCUGGUGUACGAACUGCUGUUCGGGACGACGCCGUUUAAGGGGAGCAGUAAAGAAUCGACGCUGCGCAACAUAGCGGAGACCGGCGGAGUGAGGUUCCACGUGGAGGAGAGAGAAACGGAGGACCCGGGAAUGGCGGAGGCGAAAGAUUUGAUAGAGAGACUGUUGGUGAAGGACCCACAGAAGAGGCUGGGAUGCGCCAAGGGGGCGACGGACAUCAAACGCCACCCGUUUUUUAACGGCGUUAAGUGGCCGCUGAUCCGAACUUACCGGCCGCCGGAGCUACGGGGGCUGGUGGUGAAGAAGAGCAAGAAAGGAGCGUACGGUGGCGGAGUUUCGCCGUCGAGACGGCGGCGUUGCUGGUGGAAGAGAGUCGGGGAUUUAGUGAGAAGUAAGGGGUCAAAACACAAAUUAAAUUCUAAUCAGAAUUAUUACAGUUGUGCCACCAAGAAUGGGAAAAUUGCAUGAUACCCCUCCAAAUUUGUGGGUAUUUUUUUGUUUGUUACGUGAAUUUGUGUGAACUAGUUGAAAAGACGCAUAACAAUUUUGGUGCUGUAAUUUGUUGGGUGUUCGUACAUAUGUAUGAUUCGAUGUACAUUAUGAAAAAAAUAAUACCAAGUAU